UGUUCGGGAUCACUCAGUCCACAGCCGCACCAACAGCAACAUCAUCCAAAACUUGUAAGCGCGCUUGUAAGCAUAGAACAGCUGAAACCGCGCUUAGAUUUGGGGAUGUUUUCAGUUUUGAGCCGCUUUCAAUAAACCCUGGAGGAACUGAUUCUGUGGGUGUGGUGUUCGAAAUGCUAGCUGCCAGAGUGAAGUGCACUUGCUGCAAGGAAAAACAAAAUCGUGUAGUUCAAACAUCUUGUAUUUAAUUCCUAAACUGUGUUGUAUGCAAGUCGUGCACAUUGCAAGAUAUCUUGUGUCUGAAGUUUACGCGCAAUCAGAACGGCAUGACGGCAAUAACUUUAAAGAACAGAAAGCUUGUACUUGUCGAGUACCCGGCUAUCGUCAAAAACACAGACAGAAUGAUCAAAAGCCUCGGUGGCAUUGAAGAAGUCGCCAAGGCCUAUUCAGAUCCAACGCGAAGGCUAGAAAUGAAGUUUAGGCCCGAAGAUCCGUACUGCAAGAGCGCCUACGCCAACCGCUUCAACGCGUCCUGCCUCGUCCUGAAAGUGAAAAAGAAUCGCGGCAACACGGAUGAGCCGUACACCGUGUCUAUCGAGGGCACCGUCACUACAGUCUACAAAUUUCGUGGCAUGGUGGAUUUUCAGUACUUACCCAUGAGGAAAAAAGCUGACGGAACGGGAUACGAAUCUUUACUCGACCAGCUGAUUCCGCCUCCCAUGUCGUCAACAGAAUGGCUGAUGAAGGACGCUCCAGUUUUCAUACUGCCCCAGGUGUUCUCUCGCCUUGACAACAUGUCAAUUCAAGCCCUGCGAGAUGAGCCCAAGCGACGUCAGCCGGCGUCGAAGACAGCGCUUCGUCCCACCAAUCUUUAUGGUAGAAUUCGCCACCGCCGUGUGAAAUUUGCUCGCUUUCUAAGCUUUGAAGAUGAAGACGUGCCUAAAGAGCCAAAUCCAGAGGCCUGGAAACAACUAGAUUGGCGCCCUCCUGAGGUGAACAUCAAGGAAAAAGUUCAAGAGCUAUUCAAGCAGCGCCCCAUGUGGACGCGCAGUGCCUUGCAAGUAGAGCUUGGUGUCCAGCCCGUGCGGUUUAAGCUCAUCCUGCCUGUGGUGGCUUACUAUGUCGUCAAUGGGCCUUUCCGUACUGCCUGGGUGCGCUUGGGCUUUGACCCCCGAAAGGACCCGUCAACAAAGAUCUACCAGAUUCUCGACUUCCGGCUCAAGACAUCACCGUGUGGAAUGCACGACGAGGUGGCCACCAAGCGCGGCACUUCGGCCUACCUGGUUCCGACCAAGGUUCUGGGACCAACCACACGUCCCAUCUUUGCCCAGACUGACUACCUGUCACCUGCGCUGUGCAAAGACGCCGUGGCCAAGUCAUCGUCCAAGUCAGAAGACGAACUGCUAGUGUGCUUCCUGCCAGGAAAACUGCCACCGUACCGCCAGAUGUUCUACCACCUCAAGGACAUCCGCAUGGACGGCGUCCAAAAGUUGUUGCACGCCAACGAUGGCCGCGAAACAACCUGUCACGAGAGAGAUGGCUGGUGUGAGGAAGGCACGAUCAGCAAGUGCCGCCAGCUUAUGGUCGCAGACUUGAGGGUCACGCUGGACAAACUGAAGAGCGAACGCCCUUCGAUGUCGCAGGAUGAAAGCAUAGUGGCACUGGAGGAUGAUGAAGAGUUUGAUGACUUUAUGGAUGAUGAAGGGGAUGAAGACUGACUUGCACGACCACAUUAGAACAAGGGUGGAGUAGAAUACUGCGCUUCACAAGCCAAAGCUUGUGAAGCGCCGUAUCCUUUAGUACCGCAAGGUUGACAAUGUAAUUUGGCUAAAGGAUGGUAAAGAUCUUGACGACUUGGUAGAUGAUGAAGUGCAUGAAAGCUGGCUUGCACAGCAUUGCCUGGAGAAGAGAACAGUGGCCUCAUGCAAUGUCCUGGACAUUUGGUGCUCAGUGAAUUCCACUCACAGAAAAGACAAUGCUAAUGGUGCCGUUUGUCAAAACAUGACGCAGUAGUAUCUGUGUGCUCACUUUACCUUACUGGUAAAAUAAACAGGGGCUGCCAGUGUAAACACAUUGUAUUUAACGCUACUGCGUUUUUUUAAUGCUGAUUCAAGAAAAAUAAAAGCCGCACAGCAAUGUUUU